UGAGGAGCGGCGGGGAUGCUGCUGCCUCUGCUCCGCCGAUCACACACUCGGUCCCGCUGGUAGUCUGAGGGGAAACAGUCGCAGCCAUGGCCUCGGACAUCCCCCCAGAGGCCAUCGGCUUCCUGUCGGCGGUGGGCGUCUUCAUCGUGGCGUUGGCCGUCCUCUUCCUCUUCAUCAACAAGAAGCUGUGUUUCUCACGCAUCGGUGGACUGCGCUGUCUGGAGCAACAUGGCCGCCGGAAGAAAGGACGACUGGGAAUCCGCCAGGGGCUCGACAUAGGGGAGGAGAGUCUUGCAACACACACGCGUGUUUCAGAGGGAGAAGUGAGCAGCUACGGUGGCGAUGAUGAUGAUAAUGCCAGCAGCUCCUCUGACAGUGAAGACGAGGUCCUGAAGCAGUUUGAGAUCUCGGUGUCACGUUCGCAGAGUUUUCGUACCUCAGCAGCAGCAAACAGUGGCGACCAGCAGCCGACUCAGCUGUCGUUGGGCCGACGCCACAGAUUCACCCGACUGUCGGACCAGGAGGAGGGCAGCACCGAGCCAUCGGACUGUGAAGACAUGGAGGCUCAGAAUCCGCCGAAGGGUUUCCAGGACCCGCUCUCUGCAGCAGCACAAGAGAACGAGAGGCCGUUGGCGGUCUCUACGAACAGACCGGCUGCACUGGAGGCAUCGAGCACCAGGGACAGUCCAGUCCCAAGUAUGAAUCGACAGGCCGCAGAUGGCAGUGAGGACACGGAGAAGCCUGCAGAUUACGACAAGAAUGAUGCCACAGACAGCUCCUCCACCUGGAGCCCAGAGCAAGAGCAUCCUCCCCAGGAUGAGGUCUCCACUCAGCCGGCCACUUCAUCCCCUCGAACCCCCAUCUCUAAAUGUGGAGACUUGGUCCUCUCUUUGGAGUACCGGCCCGACACAGAGAAGCUGCUGGUCUCUGUGAUCGCGGCCCGGGACGUCCCCGACAAGGCCCGCAGCGGCAUGGACUCCUGGCAGGUGCACAUGGUCCUGCUCCCCUCCAAGAAACAACGCCACAAGACGUCAGUGCAGAAAGGCUCGCUGCCGCACUUCAACGAGACAUUUCGCUUCUCACGCCUGGAGCCGUCAGACCUACACAUGACGGCCAUCAGGUUCAGGCUGUAUGCGCUCGGACCUUCUCGGAUGUCUCGUGAGCGUAUGAUGGGUGAGAAGGUGCUGCGUUUAGGUGGGCUGGACCCGGACGGAGGGACGAUGGAGACGACACUGGUCAUGGAGCCUCGCAGUAACCUCAAGAGCGUGGACUCCCAGCUGAGCCUGUCUGCUGUGUCACAGAGCGACAGCGCCUCGUCCACUCAGUCUCUCACUCAUGGCGGCGUCCCCGAGCUGCUGGUGGGUCUCACCUACAACGCCACCACAGGACGCAUGUCGGUGGAGCUCAUCAAGGGCAGCCACUUCAGAAACCUGGCCAUCAAUAGACCACCAGACACCUAUGGGCGUCUGACUCUGCUAAACUCGGUCGGGCAGGAGAUCUCUCGCUGUAAGACGUCAGUGCGUCGCGGCCAGCCCAACCCCGUCUACAAGGAGACCUUCGUCUUCCAGGUGGCGCUGUUCCAGCUGUCAGACGUCACGCUGCUGGUCUCCAUCUACAACCGCCGCAGCAUGAAGCGCAAGGAGAUGGUGGGCUGGGUCGCUCUGGGCCAGAACAGCAGCGGCGAAGAGGAGCAGCUCCACUGGCAGGACAUGAAGGAGAGUCGAGGACAGCAGGUUUGCCGCUGGCACGUCCUGCUGGAGGCAUAACGCCACCACGAUAUAGGAUUUUUUUUUUCAAAGAGAAAGGGAGUUUAUUUUUGCGCUGGAGUUCUUGAGGAAUGAUUGAUUUGAUGUGCGGACGGGAUGAUGCAUGUGGUUUCAAAGGCGAUGGAUUCAAGGACGUAGCUUUCUCAGAGCACGCUCUUCAGUAUCGUCACAUCAACAUCAAACCUGGCUGGUUAUUUGGUGUCAACUUGAGGAACAAAUUCCUCUGCUUUUGGAGGCCGACACAAGUUUAAAAGCGGAUGUUUCUGUUGGUGAAUAAAGAAUUAAAUAACUGAAUAAUAACUGAAAGAAGAAAGCCUUCAGCAAGGUUACAUGACAAAUAGAGGAAUAAGUCAUCGAAAGUAUUUCUUUGGAUGUUAAACCUUUAUAAAUUCUUGCAGAAAUUCACUUAUCCUUCUCAAUAAAAAAAUCUUUGGAGAAGAUCUGUCGACCUCCAAGAGGAGCUGAGAAUUUAUCCUUCACUUCUAGCUUUUUAUUUGCUAAAGCAGCUCAGUUGUGAGAGGAGAAAGCUGCAGUUUAGUUUUUCUAGUGAAAUGCUGUGUUAGAAAGUACAUACAAAUUAGAGGUGUGUGCGUGCGUGUGUGCGUGUGUGACUUGUUAUUUCUAAAUCUUGCUGUUCUUUUACUGGCUGGCAAAUCAAUGGAGAUGCCAACGAAACUGCACAGCAAGAUGAUCAGUUCUGAACUGAUGGAGACAGGAAACAGAGAGAUGCAACAUUGUGAAAAAUUGAAAAUAUUUUUGUCAGAAACACGGCAGGUUUGUCUCAAACUGAGCACAAAUAAGCUGAGAGUGGUGGGUUUUAUGUGACGAUCGACAAGAAUCAAUCAAAAGUCCAGGAAGUAAUCAAUACAUUCAUUCAUUACAAAGCACUCAUCCGUCCACAUAAUCACCUUCCUAACCACCAUAGUUUGCUCCAUAAACUGUCCCCAGAGCUCUUAUCUGGGCUUCAACUCACAAAAUAGUGGUUAAUCAACUCAUAAUUUUCAAACUAAGUCAACUAAUGUACCAAAAACAACAGAGUGGAAACGCAGAAAAUCAACCUAAAAAAUAUUGCAAAAGGUUUUUACGUUUGGCUGAGGUGAAAAAGUUGUAUUGAUAAAAGCAGAAUGCAAAAAAUUGCUAUGGAAACAGAUAUGAGGAAUUAAUCAUGACAUACAUGAAGCAUGUGACUCAAAGGAAUAUUUCUAAUUACUUAAUUUGUGUUAUGUUGAAUCCACGAAGAGAACUUUGUUGCAAAUUUUCUUGCUUGCCUCCGGUCAAUGGAGAAAAAAUUAAGAAAAUAAAAUUAAGAAAAUACUUGAUGAUUUAAAGCGAAUGAAUUGGUGAUGGUGAUGAAUUAAAACCGUGUUUAACAACUGCAACACUACAUCAAAACGUCUGUUUACGAACUCUUAAACAACUUGUACAACAUAAUCAAAGCCUUAUUUAUCCAGUGGUAUGCUCAAUACUUCCCAAAAAUGCAUUUUGGCUAAAAACUGUUUAAAACACUUCUGCAUCAACAGUCAUAUGCAUCUGAAAGAGAAACUUAUCUUAAACAGUAAUUUUACCUCACUUAUCACAGAAGCUCUGCUGCUGCCUCAAUCAGAAUGUUUGUGUCACAAAUUAAAUGGCACUAGUUUUAAAAAAAAAACAACUCUUUUUAUUGUUGCCAGGCAACCACCCCAUCACGUCCUUACA